UCGCUGAAGCUCACGCUCGAGGGCCACACGGCGCGCAUCCACAGCUGCUCCUUCAGCGCCGACGGCGCCCUCGUCGUCACGGGCGGCGACGACAAGACGGUGAAGCUCUGGAACACGGGCAACGGGAAGCUCGUGCGCGACAUCGAGGAGGCCUCCUACGUGACGGCCUGCAAGGUGUCGAACAAGGGCGACGUCAUCGCGAGCAGCUCGACGGACAACACGUGCAAGCUCUGGGACGCCUUCAGUGGCGAGCUCCUCAAGACGCUCGACGGCCACGAGUCCUUCUGCCUGAGCUGCAACUUCAGCCCCGACGGCAAGCGGCUCAUGACGACGUCCGACGACCAGACCGCGAUCCUGUGGGACGUCGCGACGGGCGAAAUCCUCCACAAGCUCGAGGGCCACACGGACAAGGUCUCCAGCGGCGCCUUCAGCCCCGACGGCCUGCGCGUCGUCACGGGGUCGUUGGACAUGACGGCGAAGAUCUGGGACGCGACGACGGGCGCGUGCGUGAGCACGCUCACGGGCCACAGCGACUGGAUCCUCAAGUGCGACUGGAGCCACGACGGCAAGCGCAUCGUCACGGCGUCGACGGACCAGACGGCUAGGCUCUGGGACUCCGAGCGCGCCGAGUUCCAGAAGGAGAUCAAGGGCCACCAGGGCACCGUGACGUCGUGCGCGUUCUCCAAGGACGACAAGGUCGUCGUCACGGGCAGCCUCGACCACACGGCCAAGCUCUGGCACUCCUGGCGCACGGACGAGUGCAUCCACACCCUCGACGGCCACACGGACCACGUCACCUGCGUCGCCUUCUCCUCCGACGGCACCUGCGUCAUGACCGCGAGCCGCGACCACACG